AUGACAAUAAGGUUUCCUGGGCCUACAAACUGGGUUGCUCUCGACCCAGAGGCUAACAUCCUCUGCAGCAUUGGCACUCGCCAAUCCCCAAUCGACCUCCCUGGCACAGGUGUCUCAUCCAUUCAAGGCACCUCAGUGACGCUUUCCAUCCCCGAUCUCCCCGACGGCGCGCCGGUCGAAAACCUCGGCACGACUAUCGAAGUCGCCGCCUCCGCAGCCGGGGGAACUCUAGUCGUGGCGGAGGAGGGUUCCUCUCUCGCCGGCGUCCUUGACGGCAGCUUCCGACUGGAGCAGUUGCACUUCCACCUCCCGUCGGAGCACCUCGACAACGGAACGAGCAGGGCUAUGGAGAUGCACAUGGUAUUCGAGGGAGAGGACGAGGGCGAGGAACACGGGAAAGUGCUCGUGCUGGCGGCCUUUAUCGACGCCCAGGGUCCGGGAGUGGUGUUGGAGGAUGUGUUUAGCGUCGUUGAGGAGGUCGCUGUGCCGGGGAGCGCGGCUACUACGCCGCCCCUUGCUCUGUCGGAACUUGCGAGGACCCUGACUGCAGGGCAGUUUCAAACGUACUCGGGCUCCCUAACAACACCUCCUUGCAGCGAGGGAGUUACCUGGCUCAUCUCGACGCAAACGCUAAGCAUUUCCCGUGAAGCCUUUGACCGAGUGAGAAGCGUCAUAGGAUUCAACGCACGAUUUCCACAAAACGAACUCGGUCAGCCGAAUCUGCUGCAAGGAGUGGGGCAAACGGCGCAGGGGACAGCGGACGAAAUUGCAGGAGACGACGCAGAAGCAAUGGCGAGUAUGGCGGCGGUGGCGGCAGUGAUGGCGACGUGGAUACCCAUUCCCAUCCCACCUUGA